UUAGCAUUUGUAACUUCACCCCGAGACCAAACACGGCAAUCCAUUUCAAGUUAACCAAGCCACGCCUGAGGAUAGUUUUUUCAUACCUUUGAUGUUCGAAGGGCUCUUCCAUCUGCCAAAAUGAAGGGACAUGUAAGAUGGAAUGAGGCUAAUAUUGGAGAAAUUGAAGCAAAUAAACCCGUGAGGCAAAAAAUUACUGAACCUAAGACUCCGUAUCAUCCUACGAUUGAUGAUGAAAGUUCUCCAUCCCCUGUUCGAGGAGGCUUUGACGAAUGUAUUGAAGAUCAAAAUGACUCUGCCAAUUCUGAAGGAAAUGCUUUCAAUAAUGCGCUCUCUUCUAGCAGAACAGGAACUAAACAAUCUGACGGCUGGACAUCAUCUGAGGAUGAAGUACAAGAAACUGAAGACGAGGAAGAUAAAAGUCUGAGUUUUAAGGAACACAGAAAGGCCCACUAUGAUGAAUUCCUCAAAGUCAAAGAACUGCAACAGAAUGCUUCUAUCCUAGAGGAUGCAAGUGACGAGGAUAACGGCGCUGAGCAUACCAAGGGGGAGGGGGAAAAUGGCUCAACUUCUUCGCCGAGUUGUACCUGAGAGAGGCCGACAUCGAGGAGAAAAUGUUUCAUCAAUGCCCACUCCAGCAAAUAAAAACCCUUCAUUAGCCUGUGUGUAUGACGGGGAUUAGCUGUAUUAUUGUGUCUUUUGUGUGUAAAAUAUCUUUUCUUUUUUCACCGGGUAUGUCCAUUCGAUCUUGCAUGCUCCAUUUAGGUUGUAGACUCUCUUGUAAUAUGCCAAAUUAGAUUUCCUUUUGGCUAGCAACAAACUUCCUGACUAUCAACAAACACUCCAAAUAUCAUGCUUAUAUUGCAUUGAUGUAAGCACUCCAAUAUUUUAGCAGCUAAGGUUGCAUGCUUAGACGGAUCAAAUUGUAUUGAUUUUUAAUUAUGGAAUUUUAGCUCUGCA